CUUUAACUACUCUGUGUUUAUAGAUUUCUAAUUCGAAUUCGAAUUUUAUUUUAUAUUUUAUUUAAAAUGUGUACAUAAUCGUGAUAUAUUUAGUCUAUUACGUAUUUAAUGACAGAUGAAAUCAUAUAUAAACUGUGAAAAACAAAUACCUGCAUAAAUAUGGCCCUAUAUGAGGGCAUAGCACUUAUCCAAGAAAAACAAGCCGUGGUUUUGGAUCUGGGCACUGAUUAUACCAAAUUUGGUUUUACUGGUGAGGCUGCGCCCAGAUGUAUCAUACGCUCUGAAUUUUGGUGCGCAACCGAACGACGUUUCAAACGAGUAUACGAUUAUAAAACUCCAGAUGAACUUUAUGAAAACCUUGUACAUAUGCUUCAUCGGUUAUACUUCAGACAUGUGCUUGUCAACCCAAAGGAGCGUAAAGUGGUCGUGGUUGAAUCUCUCCUAACGCCAACCCUUUUUAGAGAGACAUUGGCCAAAGUGCUUUUUACACAUUAUGAGGUAUCAGGUGUGGUGUGGGCAGACAGUCCAAGACUUUGUGCCCUGACCCUCGGAACACCAGUUGCUCUCAUAGUCUCCAUUGGUGCCAGGGAUGCGGAAGUUGCUGCAGUGGUCCAUGCAUCGGUGGUGCUCCAUGCACUACAGUCUCAGCCACUCGCCGCUCGCGCCAUCCACGACGAACUCGCCAGGUUGCUGGACGAGGACAAUGGUCAACAACUAAAUCUGCCUGAUCACAUCAUAGAAGAUAUAAAGGUGAAAACAUGUUUCGUGGGAAGCCGAGAGCGUGCCCAGCAGUGGGCAGAUGGGGAACCACCCAGUCCAGCACGCAGCGUGCAGUAUCCAGUCGCAGGCCGAACUGCUAUCACAGUGUCAGGACGCACCAGGGAACUGGCGGCCGAACCGCUAUUCGCCAGAGACAACGAGCUCGCAUCAUUGCCAGAUAUCGUAUUACAGUGUAUUAUGCAGUGUCCUAUAGACGCGCGGCGUGCUCUCGCUGAGAAUAUUCUGAUUACUGGCGGUACUGCGACCAUGCCUGGCCUGAAGGCGCGACUGGCACACGAGCUUAGAUAUCUCGUCACACAACCACCCUAUAGCACCCGCGUGAUGGUGCGCACGUUCAAGUUCCACCGCGCGCCCGCGCACGAGAACGCUUGCGCGUGGGCGGGCGGAGCCCUGGGAGGAGCUGCGGACAGCGCCGGCGGCCGCGCCACCGCCCGCGACCAGUACGCGCGCCGCCGCCGCCUGCGGGACUGGGUCUGUCUCCUGGACAACACGCCGCCCGACCACCCGCACCGACUGUAGCGCCGCGGACGAGAACACAGACUCACAAUGGCUCCUCAUCGCCAUCGUCACAACUAACAACACUAUGCCUUAGUAACAUCGAGAUUUUACGCCACUAAGCGUAAAAGAACAACGUUGUAUUGGUGACGCCAUCAGCACGCCCGGGUAAUGAGCAUGCUGGUGGCCGGUACUCAGCGGCUCAUAAGGACCAGUUGAUGUCGAGAAGCGAAGCGCCUUUUUUAUACCUUAGUGGUUAUAAUCAAGCAUAAAACCUAUGUGAUGAUAAAUGGUUAAGCCAAUUCACGCCUAAAACACCUGAAAAUUGUGCGUUGCCGACUCUUAAAAACCUUAAACGUCUAGAGACGAAAACCUCGACAGGUAGUUUAUUUUACAUUCUGAGUACACGCGAUUCCCUGUGAAUAACGAACGAGUCUUGCAUGAGAGUGGAAGAU